AAACUUAUGAAGCGUUUACUCUAAAUGUGGAACUUUUCGUAAAAUUUAUAAAGCGAUUUUAUCCUCAAUGCGAAACUUUUCGUGGAUUUUGAGAAUAAUUCAAUGUGACAUCGAGUGGGAUACCAAAAAUAAAAACACAACUUUAAAAAAGGGACUUAAUGGAUGUUUCAAGAAGAAUUUGGGCCAAAUUUUAAACUCUUUCAAAACUAUAGAAAGGCUAAAAUUCAGCUGACGCCGUCUUCCCCAGUUACUGAAGAAACAAAACGUCGCCGGGAACUGGAUUCCGUCACCGGGAAAAACAUGUCAUCCUUCCGGUAAUCUCUUUAAACUCAUAAAACUUCCAUAGUAAAUAUCUCAGCUUUAUUCUCAAAUGUCGACUGAAAAGUUUUACCGAACUGCAAAACAAUUAUUUCCCAAAAAACCAAAUGAAGAAAUUGCUAAAUUGAUCUCCAAUACUCUGAUAAAUUUGAGUUCUACAAAGGAAAUACCCCCAUCUCUAACUUCCUACCUCAAUCCCCAAGUAACCCAUCUGGUUUUUUCAAACCCAUCUGUCCCUACACAAUCUUGUUUAAGUUUCUUCAAAUUUCUCCAAAAAAAUCAAUCUUUCGAAAGACCCAAUCUUGAAUCACAUAUAGCCUUGUGUUUGCGCUUGUUUAAAGCCAGGAAGUUUGCUGAAGCCAAAAGUAUAUUGCAUACAGUUGCUUCUGAUGAUAGUUUAAGGAAACCAAUUUCAGAAGUAGCUUCAUUUUUGGGUGAGAAUCAUGUAGAACAUAAAGUUAUGGGGAAGAUGUUUGACAUGUUGUUUAGGGUAUAUGUUGAUAGUAUGAGGUUUAAGGAUGCUCUUGAGGUUUUUGAGUAUAUGAAGAAUGGUGGGUUCGAGAUAGAUGAUAGAUCUUGUAUGGUUUACUUACUUGCUAUGAAAAGACGAAAACAGUAUGACUCACUGGUUGAGUUUUUCGAGAUGAUGGUUGAAUUUGAUGUGAGAAUUACGGUGUACUCUAUGACGAUGGUUAUAGACGGUUUGUGUAAAGUAGGAGAGGUUAGCAAGGCAAGAAAACUCAUGGAUGAAAUGGUUAGUAAAGGGGUGAAACCAAAUGUGUACACUUACAACACAUUAUUAGAUGCUUGCAUGAAGAAGCCAGAUUUUGUGGCUCUGAAGGAGAUUUUGAUGGCUAUGGAGAAAGAGGGGUUGGAUCUUGAUGUGACGAGUUAUACUCUUCUGAUUAACGGGUAUUGUAAUAUUGGCAAUCUUAAAGAGGUUGAUAGGUUGUUUAGGGAAAUAGAAGGGAAAGGCAUAGAGCCAGAUGUUCAUUUAUACACCUCUAUGAUUAGUGGUUGUAGUAAGUUAGGUAAUGUCAAAAAAGCAUUUUCAGUGUUUGAUGAAAUGGUGGAGAGGGGUCUCGUUCCGAAUGCUCACACAUAUGGAGCUUUGAUAAAUUGCUUGUGUAAGGCUGGACAGAUGCAAGCUGCUGAAGUUUUACUUGAUGAGAUGCAUAGUAAGGGGGUUGAUAUUGGUCCAGUUAUAUUUAAUACAAUGAUGGAUGGUUACUGUAAGCAAGGUAAUAUCGAUGAAGCAUGGAGGCUGCAGAAAAUUAUGGAGGGGAAAGGGUAUGAAUCUGAUGUAUAUGCUUACAACAUAAUUGCUACUGGAUUGUGUAAGUUAGAUCGGUGUGAGGAAGCAAAGACGUGGUUGUUCUCAAUGGUGGAUCGAGGUGUAGCUCCAAAUGAAGUUGCUCAUACAACUUUGAUCAGUAUAUAUUCUAAGGAAGGAAAUUUUGUUGAAGCAAAAAGGACACUUGGUGAGAUGGAAACAAAGGGAAUGAAGCCUAAUACGGCAACGUACAAUACCCUGAUGGAUGGUUAUUGCAAGAAGGGCAUGAUGAAGGAAGCGUAUAAGCUAAAGAAUGUUAUGGAAUGUAAAGGCCUGAAACCUGAUCCCUAUACAUACACCUCACUUGUACACGGAGAAUGCAUAUCAGGGAAGGUAGAUGAAGCUCUGAAACUUUUCAACGAGAUGCCUCGAGAAGGUAUAGUUCCAAAUGUGGUGACUUACACAGCAAUGAUUUCUGGCUUAUCGAAAGAGGGCAGGUCAGAUGAAGCCUUCAGAUUGUAUGAUGAGAUGAUAGAGGCAGGACUUACACCUGAUGCUAGUGCAUAUUCUGCUCUCGUGGGCAGUCUUCAUGGUUGACGUUUAUUUAGUAUGUGAAGUUGCUCUAGAGGGACAUGUAAUCGUAAACAUCAAAAGUAAAUCAAAUGUAGCUAAUUGGAGCUAUAACAGAUUGUUCAAUAUAUCCUUCGGAUGUUUUAUAUAAAGGAAUUUAUUGCAGGACACUCUCACAGAUUCAA